AUGGACGUUUGUGCAGUACUACCACUGCCUGUCGAUGUCUCUCUUAAGAACGUCGAUGAGGACGGGAACUGGGUUAUCAUGCCGCCAUCUGCCCUUGAUUGCAUUAGCAGCCUCAACGUCGAGUACCUGAUACUGUUCCAGAUCCAGAAUCCCAGCACGGAGUGCGUCACACACUGCAGCGUGCACGGGUUCAUCGCCGAGGAAGAUCAUAGAUAUGGAGAUACCAGAUCAAUAAUGUGGACACAUGUUAGGAAACAUGGUGUUGGAUUGACCCACCUCGAGACACUGCAGAGAGCUGCCAAACACCACUCUGAGAACGAACUCGUGCUGGUGAGGAACACGUUGCUGCCCACGGCCACCUUCGGCAAGCUGCAGCCGCACACCACGGACUUCCUUGAUGUCUCCCACCACAAGGAACUGCUGGAGUACAACUUCCGCAGGUUCAUCUGCCUGACCAUCGGCGAGACGAUUGUGAGCUACGUGGAGCUGGCGCCCGACGCCAACCAGGCCAACGGCAAGCCGCCCCGGUUCACCGGCGUCGCGGCGCUGAUGGACAGCAAGCCGGUGGAGCAGUCGCCGCCUGUGCCGGUGGCCGUGGGUAGGCAGGAGGAGGAAACCUCUUCCGCCGAGGCGGCCUUCUGGCGGGAGUGUGCUGCUCUGGAGAGCGAGCGCCAGCGCCUCUUCGACUGGCACACCUUCCUAGAGGCGCACACGAAGGCCGAAGCCUCCCAAGCUGCGAACGCCCGGUCCAAACUCAAAGCCGACCAAGAGGCCUAUCGAGCCAAUCUUUGGAAGGUGUUCGACCGGGAGUUCCCAGUAGUGAGCCGGGAAAAAGCCCUGGCGCAGCGGGAGGAGACUUUUGCCAAUGAGGUGGCCAGCCUCGCGGCUCAGUGGUCCGAACUUGAGACUCGCCUCGCGCCCCAGCGGUCCGAGCUUGAGACUCGCAGCCAGGGUCUCGAGAUCCGGAAGUAG